GCGCGUGCGGUCUUGCCCAUUCAUAGUUGACGCGCGCCGCUGCUCAUUAUGCGCGUUUGUGCCAUCCACUCGCUCUUUUUCCCCUCCUCACUUCUCCCGGUUUUGACGGGGGCUGCAAACUGCGGUGACGAUUUCUCGGAGAUCGUGAUGCAGCAAACCCCAGUGUGUGGCGCGGUCUUUGUAUCCAAUCUCGAUAUAAUACACGUGCUCCUCGCUCUGCAGUGCCUACAUCAACAACGGAUCUGCUGGGACACACACUACCACACAACAGCUGCGGCGUGAUUUUCACAUCACCCGGCCCGCGCCGGUCAUCUCAGCUUGUCUUCUGAUUUCAUUGACACUUCAAGAUUUCCUCAGAUGGAACCAACAUCUUCGGGAGCAGACUUUCAAGUUGCCGUAAUUGUUGUUUAAUUCUCCCGUGCCACUCCGGUCGUUUUAUUUGCCUCGCCGGCCUGGGAUAUUUUCUUCCUCGGCAAAGAGUCUUAUCGGGACCAACUCUGUCACGGUCUUUUGAGAUUUGGCUCCAGUUUGCCCCGCCCGGGGCGCCAGAAGACAUCAUCUCGCCAAACUACGGUAAUCGGACGGUGGGCUGCAGCGGAACGGUGGUAGGGGGACGUCCGCGGGACGCUAGACCGCCGUCCGGGGCAACCAGCCCUUGUGCGGGAGACGGAGCGGGCAUGACGGUAGCCGUGCCCGACAAAACAGCCCCAACGUCCCCAUGGCGCCCUCCCCCCGACCCGCUGCCGCUCACCACCGCAUCAGCCAGCCAGCCCCUCGGUCUCUGUUACCAUGCCAACUUCUCUCUGGCCUUCCUGGACGGCGGGCGUGACGUCGGUGAUGACGUAGUCGACGCGGACGACAUACGUACCAUCCUCGAGCUCGCAGAACAGUGUGCUUUCGGGGUCUCAGUUAAAGAUUGUGUCGACACAUCGCAGGAUAUGUACCCGAAAGAGGUAUCUCCUCCUCCAACGCCUUGCGAGGAGCCGACGGCCACCUACCAGCCCUGCCGCUUCACUGCCGGUGUCAAACGAAAACUGGACUUCGCUAGUUGCGAGGAGGGGUCACCGGGGGACCCGAGCUCGCCCCUGGGGAACGGGGAGGAGGAAGGUAGCGGCGAACGUGCCUCGUCGGAGUAUAUGGACAGGCAGCGAAUGCUGGAGGUUUCCCUGGGCAAGAUGCGGCGAAUGGAAGACCCCGAGACAUCACUCCGUCGGUGUGUGCUCAUCAACAACAUGACGGUCAAACUCAAGCGGGAGCUGGACCAUCGAGAUCAUCACCGGACCCUGCUGCCAAAGAAGCGGCACAUCUUGCGGCGCACCGAUAGCGGCACUGUCCCGUUGGGUUCUGUGGGGCCGCUGGCGCACCAGAGCCCCGGGUGUGGCCAGGAGAAUCACGUUGGUGAUAAGUUCCCGCGGAGGACUUGGGACCCCGCAGCUGGCGAGACGUGUGAGCUGAUGGCGACGUCCCCAACGAGCCCUUGCAGAGGACAGGAGGAGGACAGCUCGAGAAAUCAGCCACAAGCGUGUGACACAACCACCAUCUUGAAAGAAGUUGAGGUUGGUCAAUCGCGAGAUAACCAAGAUGCUGCUCAGAGUGAAGCCACCAGCGAGGAAACAUCCUCCAUCUUUGGCGACAUCGAUAAUGUUUUUCAGAGCCUGCUUUCGUGCCUCGGUGAACCUAUAUAAACAACAACUGCCACGGAUUAUAUAAUGUACCGAACUAUUAUGCUUCAACUUUCUUGACUGAAUCAUCAUUGCUUCUGUUAUUUUUUUAGAUCAUGUACUGGACUUUGCAGUACGAGUGCUUUCUUCGGACGGAGAGUUUUCUUUGAACGCUAUGAAGUGUCUUUUUUCCUGUUUCAAAAUACAAGCCACCGAUAGGUGGCGCUAUCCAUGUUGACUGUACCACGCGUCGAACUUGUGAAAGUUUGACUUCAUAUUUGGCACUCAUGAACAGAAACAACCACGCUUGUUCAUUUUGUUAAAAAAAAAUACUGUAUAUUUUCAGCGAAAUACUGCCAAAGACGUGUGAUGAACAUGAAUGUAACAAUUCAUCUUUUUCGAUACUUGAAGAAUUUUCAAUUGUUAAAACUAAAUGAACAAAGACAACUUUCACAUGCCGACUUCAUUCUCGUUGGUGUUAUUUUGUAGCCUUGUUAACCUGUAUUCAGCGUAAUGCAAUUAUUUUCUGCCAUUCGAUAACAUUUCUGCUUCCUAUGCCAGGUGUGAUUUCCAUGUUUUGUAACUGAAUCAUUUCGUACUUUGCCGUAUGCUUUCUACAUUUUAAUUGUUCAUGCUUUAAAAUGCCCCCUCUAAAUUCCCCUUUUCGGGGAAAAAACAGAAUUGUUUUGGAAAAAUACAG